AUGACAUUGACGCGUUCUCAAUUGGGAGAAACCCCUAAGAAGACAGAGCGUCCUGGCUACGUUGAAACGCCCACGCGACGAUCCAAGGCUCGGAAGUCCACAGCAAGGGAUGGAAGCUCAGAGGUCUCUCCAGAUGCUAUGCAAAAAAGGGGUGACAAUAAGGCCGCUAGCAAAACGAAACAGGUAAACGGAAGCGCAAACCUCAAUGGGAGCGCGAAUGGACAUGCAAAAUCCUCUCAGAAAGGCAAAGACCCUCGCAUUGACUACACUGGACACUUUGAAUUCGGCGGAUCAUGGGGCGUCACUGCCAUGAUGAUUGGCUUCCCUCUCUUGAUGUGGUAUAUGUGGAUUGGAGCGACAUAUUACGAUGGCCACCUUCCGCUGCCGAAGCAAGGAGAGAGCAAAUUAGAAUUCGUCACAUAUCUGGUCGGCUUGGUCUACGACGGUGCUUUCCCAAAAAUGAAGGCCUGGAUCUUGUACUGGGGCUUCUUGCUCUUCCAAGCCGCAUGUUAUCUCUAUCUACCGGGUAUCUACUCGGCUGGCAAACCAUUGGAACAUGAAGGGGGCAAGAGCUUGAAAUAUUAUUGCUCGGGACAGUGGUCCUGGUAUACGACCAUUGUCACUGCUGCAGUACUACAUGUCUCUGGAAUUUUCAAGCUUUAUACCAUUAUUGACGAGUUUGGACCGCUCAUGUCCGUUGCCAUCAUCUCUGGAUUCAUCGUCUCCAUUGUGGCCUACGUUUCCGCCUUGUACCGAGGCGCUGAGCACAGGAUGACCGGAUAUCACGUCUAUGACUUCUUCAUGGGCGCAGAGUUGAACCCAAGGAUGUUCGGAUGGUUGGACUUUAAGAUGUUCUUCGAAGUCAGGUUGCCAUGGUAUAUCCUCUUCUUGGUAUCAUGCGGCGCCGCAGCACGUCAAUAUGAGCGGUACGGUUACGUGUCUGGUGAAGUGGGCUUUCUCAUCAUGGCCCACUUCUUAUAUGCGAACGCCUGCUCCAAGGCAGAGGAAUCGAUCGUCACCACGUGGGACAUGUACUACGAGAAAUGGGGCUUCAUGCUUAUCUUCUGGAAUCUUGCUGGUGUACCGCUCAGCUAUUGCCACUGCUCAAUCUACCUAGCCAACCAUUCACCUUCGGAUUACCACUGGAAUUCUAUUGCUCUGACUCUUCUUUACAUCUCUUACCUGUUCGUCUAUUGGGUUUGGGACACCGCCAAUGCGCAAAAGAAUCGAUUCAGACAAUGGGAACGCGGUACUCUUUCUAGCAGAAAGACAUUCCCCCAACUGCCAUGGCAAGACCUCGAUAACCCAAAAACUAUUCCGACCGAUCAGGGUGUCGCUCUUCUGGCAGACGGCUGGUAUGGAAAGGCUCGCAAAAUCCACUACACUUGUGAUCUGUACUUUGCAUUGAUGUGGGGCCUCGUCACUGGCUUUAAUAGCCCAUUUCCUUGGUUCUACGCUGCGUUCUUCACCCCGAUGAUUCUGCAUCGAGCCUACAGAGAUAUCCAGAAAUGUUCUGCCAAGUACGGUGAUGCUUGGAAAGAGUAUGAACGACAAGUUCCUUAUCUAUUCAUUCCAUAUGUUUUUUAG